UCCUCGCCAGUCCACCAGCAAAGAGGCUCCUCCAAUCGACCCGAAUCCCGCCAAUUGACCCUACAGCCGCCCGUCCGCACCUCCUCCGCGCAGCCCCAGCCACGAUGUCGAGCAAGUACGCAUUCACAAAGGCCCUCAAGGAGGUGCGCUUCCUCUUCUGCCAGACGGGCGAGCACAGCGCCGCGACCCGCAACUUCGUCGCAAGAGCCUACCCCACGAUGAAGAAGAACAACCCCCAGACUCCCAUCCUCAUCCGCGAGGCCGCCGGCACACUACCCAAGAUCUACGCGAGAUACGAAUUCGGCGUUGAAAAGAGCCAAUCGCUGGAAGGCCUGUCGGACAAACAGAUUGAGGACACAGUUACGACCCUGGUGAAGAACGGCGCAUAAAUGUAUAAAUUUGGGCGGGGACAAUUGAACGAAUAGACCAAAACCAGGACCCUUUGUACCAUCACCAUGUUGAGAAUGACGAGCCGAGAGUUGUAUUGAACGAAGUAGGCGCCGUGGUCACAAUUCGGGGUGAUGUGUGUUUCCAAGGUACUAUCCCUACGACGAUCCCAUGUACGGUCUGCUAGAUAGUGUUCACGUCCCCCCGGAUGUUCACUCUGCCCUUGAUCAGACGAGGCUCUGGGCGAAGACGAGUUCAUUCCAGGUCACCUAUGACGGGGCUCGCGACCAACCAAGUAAGCAUCAAGCAAUCAACGAUCAAAUAGAGAGUCUUUCCGAGCAAUG